UGAAAACAAUGAUUUGGGUAAAUAAAUAAAUAUCAGUAUUAUAAAAGAAUAGAAAAAAAAUGAUUUUUUCCCUCUUUUUGGGGUUUUGAAAGGAAAUUUCUUUUUGACAAAUUAAUAAUUUUCUCUCUAUAUUGAGUAUAAUUUCUUUAUACGGAAAGAACAAAUUAUUAUAUAUAAAAUUUCUGUUCUUAGUCAUAUAUAUAAUAGAAUUGUUUCAAGUGGGGCCUUAAUGGCUAGAUGUUUUCUAUUGAAAAAUAGCUUUUAUUAAGUCGCUCUAUAUAUUCGCUAAGGUUGACGACGUUAGGGGCAUAUGUUAUAAAAGGAGAAUUCAGAGCGAACCGGACAUUUCGCUAGUUGAAAGAUUAUUAUCAAGAUGCAUUUUGUGUUCCUACCUUUCUUAUUCGCAUGGAAUCCGUCGCCAUAUGAAAAUAUUAAAUAUGGACCAGAAUAUACAUUUUACAUGGAAAUAAAUAUGAUUGCCGCAAUGAAUACAGAUAAUGGCGCAACAUUGGGAACAAGAGUAUCGGGCGAAUUAAAAUGUCGUCCAAAUGAUACAAAUUUAUUAAUAUGUCGAACUGAGGACACAAAAAUAAUACGCACCCAUCCAAAUGGUUUUAAUACAUCGGGCAUAGAAAUACCAAGAAAUGAAUCAUAUUCACCCUAUGGAUUGGGUCACGAUUUAUUUCAAGUGAAAUUUAAUAAUGAAGGCAUUGAGAGUUACAGUUUAGAGAGUGCAAAUGAUGAGGCAUCAAAAUGGAUAAUUGACAUGAUUCGCUUUAUCACCAAUCAAUUGAGUAUUGGUUUUGUACUUGACGAUAGACGUAAUGAUGAGCAAUUUAAGAAAUUGGAAAAUUUCACUGUUGGCGAAUGUGAGACGGAAUUUAAAAUAAGUCGAAGGAAGGAUGUGAAUAAUAAUAGUAAUAAUAAUAAUAAUAAUAAGGGACCGAAAAUUAUUCCUAUUUUCGAUCAAACGAAAUUUAUAUUUGGUCCAUUUGAUGAAAUUGAAAUUGAAAAGAGAAGAAAUAUACAGAAUUGUCCGAGACAUAAGGAAUAUUUCUUUGGCACGAGAUAUAUCAAGGGAAUUGUUCUCAAGGAUGUUUAUAACAAACUUAUGUCAUCAACCAGCAGAAUUAAAUUUUCAACAUUUGACUUUGUGAGCGAAACGACAAAUGAAUGUGAAAUAUUCGAUAUGGAUAAAAAUCGUAUUGGCAAAGUUUUGGAUCACAUAAAACUUAAAUUGACAAACAUUCAAUCGGCGAGAGAAGAAAUGGUUUUUAUUUCCAAUGCCACAGCUUAUGACACCUUGGCAGGCGACUCUGUCAAUAAUUAUAAAAAUUAAGAAAAAAACUCUUUAAUUUUUUUACAAUGCUGCACAAAUGUAAUUUUAAAUAUUAAAAGGAAAAAAAUAUUUUUUUAUAAAA